AUGGCCAGGCAUAUCUUUGUUCUCAUGUUUCUGGGAGUAAUAUGUGCAAGUGACGAUUUCGGUAAGAUUGCUCAGUGAAAGUUUAGCAAGGACAAUGUUUUCAGCUAUUACAGAUGCAACGGAUAUCGACUGCUAUUCUGGAGAUGGUAAAUUUGCAAUAAACUUUAUGCCAAACCUAUGCCAUAAAAAGGUUGCGAAGAUUAUGUGUUACCAAUUGGGUUUUGCUGUGUUCCAAACAAGUCUCGCUAGGCGCGUGGCUUUACAUUUUCUAUCUUAACUAUCAUGUUUGGAAUUUCAGACGAAAGUGAGGCACAUCAAUACUAUGAACUCUGCUUGAAGGACAAACAACAAUGCACUCGAAUACACUACGCGAAAAAAGAUGUGUCAAAGGGUCUCGACUGCCGAAACGCUUGCGCGGUGGGUCCAGGUAUGGUCCAGUAAUCCACCUUUCAUUCACCCUCUUGAUCGCCACCCGAGCAAUACUCCUACACACCUUCUUUGUAUGUAUUCGUAAACGUCCCUUCGUUUUCUUUCUUUCUUUAGCCUCAAAAUCAAAAAGCAUUUCGGCCUUCUACUGUUCCUCUGAAGAGGACGCUGCCUGCAAUAAAUACCAAAUAACCGGACGUGCCGGGUACGCUGAAAACUUCGCCAGACACGUCAAAUGCGUCCUAGCAUGCGAACUUGUCAACUCCGGUAAGGCAGAUUCCCUUGGCUGAUUGUUGGUGUCGUGGCUUAAUUGCUUGGCUGACGAUUGGUACUUUGGCUACCUUUAGCCUUAGAAGAAAACUCAGCGCACGUAAGGUUAUGCGGAUGCGCAGCCCAGACAUGCACCAACUUCUAUCCGUGGGACAGCACAUUCAGCAGCUUCAAGGACUGCUGGCAGGACUGCAGCGGAUGGACAAACUGUACGUGGGGAUUAAGAGUAUUUAGAUAAUAAAGAUAAAGAUAAUUUUUUUAUUAAAGACCCGUUGGGGUCCCAUCAAAGCAAGUUAAAAUAAAUUUACAUGCGAGUUUUAGACGACGUAGGCCGAAUCUUUACAAAAUGCAAUUCAUAGUUUCUGAAUUAGUAGUCCAUUGAGAAACAUGAUAAUUGAGGGGUGAAAAAAAACUCCAUACAAAAAGUUAAAAAUGAUUGGAUUAAUUUUACAGAAAAACCCCUCAAUAAAAAUAGUGACAGAAAAAAGACAGCAGGACUGACCUGUAGGUGGCGGUAUAUAACGGAAUGUUGUCGGUCAUCGUCAGGGUAGCAAUAAAUCUCAGCCUUGAGCGGUACGUAUGGGGGUCAGACAGGACUGGCUUGCAUGCGGCAUUGUAUACGGGAUUCACAAUUGAGAUCGUCUGGGCCGGAUUGAUACGCCGCAUUAGACUUUUCGCGUCAAAGAGGCCAGACGAGAUGAACGCAGGAUCGAUCGGCCACAGCACGCUUCGAGCUCAGCCGAGCAGUGGGGAAGAGAGGUACGACCAAACUACCAGUAGACGGCGAAUACUGAGAGUUCCGCCCUGAGCGUCGACUGUUCUACAUGUUAUCUCGCACAAUCGGCAACAACAAUCUCAGCCACCUUCUUUUUUAUUUCAGCCGACAAGACAGUUUUGGCCUUGGCAUAUGUUUGCAGUUCCCACAGGCGAUGCCAAUCAUUUUACCAUUAUAAUGAGCCGGGAAAUGCGGACAGUUUACAACAAUUGAUACAAUGCGUGGACAAAUGCGAAGGAGAUAAGGGUGAGCAUUUAAGUGAAGGCACCUGUGGGUGCGACUACGAAUGAGCCUCUAACACAGUCCAAUUUCCUUAAAAAAGGUCUUCGUUACAAAUGCGACCAGGAGGCGUACAGUUGCGUGCCGUGUGCGUCUGAGGAGGCGAACUGUCUCGAACGUUCACAAUGCUCGCAGGAGUGCAAGAAGCCCUGAAGCAAGUAAGUCUUCCAAGUAAUAUUUUAAUGAAGUUCAAGAGAAUUAUUGAGUGGUAUCGGAAUGUGCCCGGCUUAAGUCAGUGUUCGAGUACUUCUGGUCACCUAUGUUGUUUUUAAUUUCACCAUUAUAGAACAACCAGUAAUCGAUAAUUAAAGGGUGUCAUAGGCAUAUAAUGUGGUGACAACAUUGAUGACAAUUAGCGUCCUUCCCAUAACAAGCCAGCAGCAUGCUUCAGCAACUCUAGUCAAACAGUCUUACUGUAUCAUAGGCGAUCAGACAAGCCAAUUUGUCUAUAAAUACAUAAAAAGCGAAUAUUGAUUAUUUAUUUGUUAUUUAAUAUUUUAGUGGAGACUGUAACAGGAGGAAAUUCAUCAAGCCCGACUUCUGCGAACAUCAUGGUAUUGGAAAAUGUAAGGGAAGGGGAGUCUGCUGAACUAUUAAAGUUUCCAUUUUAGCUACAUAUCAUGUCUGUAAAAGUGGCAACUUUCAUUCUAAACUUCCCGCGCAAUAUCGAAAUGGUUUAAAUAUCAUGAAACAGGAAGGACUGUCGUUUGACACUGGUACAACCAUACAAAGAAGGAUGCAGACAGAUACAGAGGACAGUCCGGUCGGGCAAUUAACCACCAAUACGUUGCUCCCCAGGAGCUUGCAAAUGUCGGAAUAAGUGCGCUUCAGAAACACAGUCUGGCUGGUGCGUGGGGUUAAGAUGUACGCAAAAGACGUCACACCUCUAAGAAUGUCGUUCUACUUUUAAACCAUAGAAGUCCGACGGUUAAAUAUUACGAGGACUUUUGAAAUACCCUUUGAUCACCUGGACGUCGAAGAGCACUUUGGAUGUUAACACUUGAUCACCAUUUUCGUCACUAUCAACGAACAUACAUAAAAUAUCCAGGAAAAGGAGACUGGAGCAAAUUGUAUUGGCAGUGAGGUUUCGGAAAUUUCCAGGUCUACAUUAUCAAAUUAGUGGUGUCGCUGUCUGCACUAGCCUUGAAUCAUGCAUAUGCGCUAUAUGAGAGUUCAGUUGAGUUUAUUUGAGGGAAAUGUUGGUGUUGAACUCCCUAUUUGUUAUAAGUAAGGGAAGUAUCUCAAAAAGUUAGAAAACGGACACAUAAAACGGCUCCAGAUGAACUACCGGAAACUAUGUAGAUAAACGAAUUAUUCCAAGUAUCAUGAACCUCGACACUACUAAGUACAUUAUUUGGUGGUCGGUCUACGCAUAGUUGGGCUGUAUAAAAAUUUGUACGAUUUCAUUUAGCUGAAGGAGAAGAAAUGAAUGUCAUUAUUCGCAUAUAAUAAAUUUGGGACAAUAAGCAAAUUAGAGAAAACAAAAGUUAUUGAAAUAUGGGCAGUAAUAUUAUAACACUAUUAAAUAUUUAUAACGGGGUGUUAAGACGGUGUCCGACGGGUGCCAUUGUUAUGCGUGUUGGUAUACAGACCCAGCUUGCGUCGAAAAGCCUCGAGGGAUGUGGACAUGACAAUAUCUGCUGGAAAAUCAUUCCGAGCUUCCGCCCCUCAGUAACAGAAGAAGAACUUCUGUUUGUACAACCAGGCGCUAGGCACACGCAGACAAAAAAUAUCACUACUGGACGCGCAUGAUACGGAUGAUCUCGGAGUUUCGUUGUGUUUGCUAACUCAAAGAAAUCCUAAGGCAGAGGAAAGUUGUACUGAACGCGCAUGAUACGAAAUGUUUGUGUCGGUUCAUGUUGUCUAUAAUUCAGAUGAAGAACAUUCUGAUUAGGUAACUAUUUUUCGUUGAGUAGUGAACCCUGUUCACUAACGAAUUAGUUUGCUCGCCUCUAAACCUUCUCAAUGAUGGCGAGGUCUUUAGCAACCAAGAGUCUCAAUGCUUAAACAGCUAACUCCAAUUGUGGUCACGCAGACGUCUGAAAGACUUUGACUAAACAAUCUUCACCGAAGGGAGAGAAAGCCCGAUUGACAUGGAACAGGGCUGAAAACCUUGAGACCUGAUAGAAGCGAAAAGGCGAGAUCCAGGCAACAGUUUAGAACAAGAAGAUGGGGCCACUGGAACAAGAAAGUUAUUGACCUGACGUUUCAGAUUCUCACCUGAACCCAUCAUCAGGGACAGUUAUAGAUAAGGGUAAUUGUGGCACAAGGAGUGCAGUAUUUAUAGCACGUGGCUACCGUGGGACCAUAUGCGUACUGUAAUUAACAGCUCUCGCAAUCACCGCUUGGGUCGUAAAAAUGUGUAGUUAUGCACGUGGCAUCCGCGAGACGAAGAACAAAUGCACCCUGACGACAGUAUCUCCUGGACAAUCAACCACUUGAAAUCGUAGAUGUGCAAAAUGACCUCGCUGUAUUCAUUAAAGAUGAUCUAAACGUCACCACGCAGUGUUCUAAAAUCGCUGCGCGGGCACUGUCAGUCAUGAGCGCGAUACGCAGAACGUUUAUCCUCUUGAAUGCAAAUGUCUUUGCAAAGUAUAUGAGCCAUUUGUGCGGCCGUGGCUCCGUAAAGGCAUAGAUAUCCUUGAUGGUGUACAACGACGUGCUCCAUAGGCCGUUCAUGGCGUCAAACAUUUUACGUACGAGUAGCGCCUGACGGCCUUGAUACUGUAUUUCCUCUACUACAAACAGGACAGAGGUGACCUCAUAGCAACGUUCCAGUUGCUGAGAGGACUUAAUCCAGAUAUCGUCUGAGAAACGUUUUUUUUUAAUGGCGCCCAAGUCUAAUCUCAGACGACAUGAUUACCAGCUUAAAAAGGAACUAAGCCAUACAAAUCAACGUUCCUCCAUUUUCUCACACAGGACCAUUCGCCGAUGGAACUCUUUGUCGGAGUAUGCUGUUAA